AAUAAAAUUUUAUAUUUAUUUUAACGUAGUAGAUGUAGUAGCUGAGCUGAACUCCCCCUUUUCAUUUUCAGCCAUCUCCUUGCCGAUUCAUUCCUAAGAAAAUUUUCAACGUUAUUUCAAAAAGCAGAGAAAAGAACGUUAAGGAGGAAAGAUGUUGGGAAUAGUAAGGCAAAAAAUGUUAGGGCAGUCAUUGCUGAAGAUUCGUCCUGCAAUAUCGGUGUUACGAAGCUACUCAUCAGCAGCAAAACAGAUGACAGUGAGAGAGGCAUUGAACUCUGCUCUUGAUGAGGAAAUGUCAGCUGAUCCGAAAGUCUUUUUAAUGGGUGAAGAGGUUGGAGAAUAUCAGGGUGCAUACAAGAUAUCCAAGGGGCUUUUGGAGAAGUAUGGACCUGAGAGGGUUCUUGAUACUCCAAUUACUGAGGCUGGUUUUGCUGGGAUUGGGGUUGGUGCGGCUUACUAUGGUCUGAAGCCCGUAGUUGAGUUUAUGACAUUUAACUUCUCCAUGCAGGCGAUUGACCACAUUAUUAACUCUGCUGCAAAGUCCAACUACAUGUCUGCUGGCCAGAUGUCUGUACCCAUUGUUUUUAGAGGACCUAACGGUGCUGCUGCUGGUGUAGGUGCCCAACACUCUCAGUGUUAUGCAUCAUGGUAUGCUUCUUGUCCUGGAUUGAAAGUUCUGUCCCCAUACAGUUCUGAAGAUGCUCGUGGACUGCUCAAAGCUGCUAUUAGAGAUCCUGACCCAGUUGUUUUCCUUGAAAAUGAGUUGUUAUAUGGUGAAUCAUUCCCUGUUUCUGAUGAAGUUCUUGACUCCAGCUUUUGUCUUCCAAUUGGGAAAGCUAAGAUAGAGAGAAAAGGGAAGGAUGUGACUAUUACAGCUUUUUCAAAAAUGGUGGGCUAUGCUCUUAAGGCAGCUGAGAUACUUGAAAAGGAGGGAAUUGAUGCUGAGGUUAUAAAUUUGCGUUCUAUUAGGCCGCUAGAUAGAUCAACAAUUAACGCUUCCGUCAGGAAAACCAACAGAUUAAUAACAGUUGAAGAAGGGUUUCCACAGCAUGGUGUUGGUGCUGAAAUCUGUGCAUCAGUUGUGGAGGAGAGUUUUGCUUAUCUUGAUGCCCCAGUUGAGAGAAUUGCUGGAGCUGAUGUUCCCAUGCCAUAUGCAGCAAAUCUUGAGAGGAUGGCUGUGCCACAGGUUGAAGAUAUUGUCCGUGCUGCAAAGCGAGCAUGCUACAGAGCUGUACCAUUGGCUGCUGCUGCAUAAUUGAACCAAUAUAGGAACUAAUGCACGAUUGUUUGCCCUCUCAACUGUUUUGGGAAGGAGCCGUUUCAUUUAAUAACUGAGACAUUGUUCGAAAGGCUGGAAAUUUGGUGACUUCAUUUGUCAUGUGAACAUAACCUGUUCAACCCUGCUGAAGCCCAAGGGCUCUGCUACUGUUUUUGAACUCUUGUGUUUCAAUCUUAAGUUUGUUCAGCUGGAUGAUUUUUAAAUGCAUUGAAUUGAUGUUUUGUUUGAGAAUUACUACCAAAGUAGUAAUAAAAUAAUUACCAUUCAGCCUUGGCCUAA